AAUGUCAUCAAAAUCAAACUUCAAAAAGCAAAACAUAAAAAUCAUAAGAAUUCGGGCAUUUGUACGUUUCUUCAAGUUUCUUGUUUAGGUAAUGAAUAAAAAAUAUAAUAGCUAAUCUCUCAAAGAACCCAAUUAUUCCAAAAUGAACCCCUCCAUCAAUGUGGAACAAUUAAACUCCGCGCUCACGUCGCUUAGAACACUGCGGUCGAGCGUAAGCCAAGUGUUUGAGGCUCUAUCGAACGGUCUCCGAGCUGACCACGGGGAGGAUGGCAAGGAGAAGUUCCUUCUGGAGCUGCAGGAGCUCCUGAACAACGUGAACAUCAACCUCAGGGACUUGGAACAAACGACAAACGGGCUGCCGAUACCGACCGGGUCCUUCAACCUGGGUAACACCACGUACCUGAGCCAAGAGACCACGCAGGACCGCCAGGCGCUGUACACGCAGCUCGUCAACAGCUACAAGUGGACCGACAAGGUGCAUGAGUACAGUAGCUUCGCCCACAGCAUCCUCAGCCAGAACUCGUUGCGGCGGUCGUACGCCAACUCCGGCAGCACGAAGCGGCGCGGCAAGCUGCAGAGCAACCACAACGUGCCGCCCGGCCAGGUCGACAACGUCAUCAACACCAUCGACCGCUCCUACACUGACAUGAAGAUCACUAUAUCCAGACCCUAUGCAAGCAAUGCUGUUGUACAAAUCUCACUCGGCCAUGUAUUGAAAGCUGUUGUAGCAUUCAAAGGCUUGCUGAUGGAAUGGGUGAUGGUGAAGGGGUAUGGAGAGACACUGGAUUUGUGGAACGAGUCCAGACAUAAUGUGUUUCGGAAAGUGACUGAAAAUGCUCAUGCUGCAAUGCUGCACUUCUACUCUCCAACUUUGCCAGAGCUGGCAGUGCGUUCAUUCAUGACCUGGCUGCACAGCUAUGUGAACCUGUUCAGUGAGGCCUGCAAGAGGUGCGGCUGCCACCUCCACCACACCUCCCUGCUCCCACCAGCGUGGCGGGACUUCCGCACUUUAGAGCCGUUUCAUGAUGAGUGCAAACAGUAGCUAACGUGGUAUUGAAUGGGAAAGUUCACUGUCUACUUACUGAGAGAAGACUUUAAACUUUCCCCUUCAAAUACCUAAAGCUGGAGUUGAGUGAAAUAAAGACUAUUAAAUUGGUUAACUAUCAAUAUAAU